AUGGAUCGUAUUCCGCCUCCGUCCUCAUCAUAUCCCACGCCUGGCUCCGCAGGCGUCGCGUCCGCCGGAGGGCUACCUCCGUCGAGUCAUCUGGCGCCGCUUUCCACCGUUCACGAUGGUCGCGUUUGGUCUCUGCAGGUGGUGCAGCAGCCUGUUCGCGCUCGGAUGUGUGGCUUCGGAGAUAAGGAUCGGCGGCCUAUUACACCUCCGCCUUGUAUUCGCCUGAUUGUGCGAGAUGCGCAGACUGAGAAAGAGAUCGAUAUCAAUGAGAUCGACACGUCGUUUUACGUGCUCAUGGUCGACCUGUGGAACGCCGAAGGGACCAGCGAGGUGAACCUGGUCAAGCACUCGGCCACCUCUCCGUCGAUAUCCACCGCCAUGUCCUCCUCCUACCCCCCUCCGCCGCAUAGUGUUUCUCCCUCCUAUCCGCCUUACGCACAGAAUGCGUACGGCCAGCCUGUCCCAUACCCUCAGGUGAACAGUUACUAUGGUGGCAACCCCCAGAUGCAGUACCAGAACCCCUACGGGGCGAGCCCUCAGGGGCCGUACUACCAACCUUAUUACACCGGCGGCCACAUGCCGCCCACCAACAUCUCCCCGGCGCAGCCUGUUACCUCCGGGCCUGGCGGCAUGUUCACACGGAACCUCAUUGGCAGCCUCAGCGCCAGUGCCUUUCGAUUGACCGACCCUGAAAAUAAGAUCGGAGUAUGGUUCAUCCUGCAGGACCUGAGUGUCCGCACAGAGGGGUCGUUCCGUCUCAAGAUGAGCUUUGUGAAUGUCGGCAACCAGUCCACCGAUUCCCCCAACGGGGUAUCUGUGAUCAACCAUGGAUCGGCGCCGGUGCUGGCCUCCGUCUUCUCGGAGCCAUUCCACGUGUUUUCAGCCAAAAAGUUCCCCGGGGUCAUUGAGAGUACGCCGCUGAGCAAAUGUUUCGCCCUCCAGGGGAUCAAGAUACCCAUUCGGAAGGACGGGGUCAAGGGAUCCCGCGGGCGUCACAGCGACGGCGAUGACGGUGGAGACGACUACGACUGA